UAAAAUUAACACAAAAGAUACGUUUAUUGAUAGCGUUCUUGACACAUUACAUACAACUUGCUGUUGUACAUCUAUUUUAUAAGUUGUUGUUGUAGUCCUAGGAUACCCGGUGGUACGUAGGGCCCUCAAAAGCUAUCUCCACUUGACCCUGUCUUGCGCUUGCUCUUUGACAUCACUCCAGGUCACGUCGGCAGUCCUCAUAUCGCUCUCCACGGUAAUUGUACCAAAUGAUGCGGUUAAGCUAGUCAUAAAAUCUCGUAGGCAGAUACUAAUUAUACUAUAUAGAUACUAAUAAGGAAACUUGAGCCAUAUUUACAGCUACCAUGACGACAGAAUAUAAAUGGAGUGCGCAAAGUAGUAACAAAUGGUAGUGCAUACUGAAAGUCCGCACCGCUAGCUACCACCAUCCUGACUAUUCCGCCGUAAAGCAAUUGUGGGAUCCGGCAUAAUGAGUGGAAUAGUCAGAUAAGUUACAAUUGACUUCGGAACUCAUCUCUCAAAAUCGUUAAUUUUACUAGAAAAGUUGAUCUCCUCUCAUCUCAAUAAAUUCUGUUCGAUCCCACAAUCCGGUCUAUUGUAGUUUUUGUGCAAACAUAGCUUCUACUUUUUCUAGCGGAAGACCGCUUAGACCGUGUUAUUUGUACAAUUUGAAACAAGAAACAAAACACCACAAACUUACAAAUUAUUAGCUAACCCUCAACCAAGUGAAAUAAGGCAAAAAAUUAUAUCUAUUUCAUUUCCUUGUGUUCCAUUUCACUUUUCAAACAAUGGAUUCGGCAUUUAUAUAUGACAUAAACAUAUUGGCAAAAAUCCAUUAAUUUUAGGUUUCAUACUUCAGUGAUUAAGUUAAAUAGACAAAUCAAAAAACAUAAUCUAUGGAUUAUGUUUUAAAUUACAUAGAAACGUCAUGUACGUGGUUUGUUAGGCGGUAUUUUAAAAUUUCCUGUUAUUAUUUUAUUAACUAUUAGCAUGGAUAUUUUGUUUGUUGAUAAUGAGAGACAAGAUGAAAUCGAAACGUUUUACGAGGCAAGUCAACGACAAAGAGAUUAUUAUAGAGGACUACGUAAGGCCUACCACCCGUUGACCUAUUUCAGUGAUCCUGAAUAUAUGUGGCAGUGCCCCGCCGAAAUGACACCUACUUAUCUCAGCUUUCCGAUGUACCACGUGAAAUACAAACAGCCCGCAGUUUUACCGGUGACUCUGGGCCGCACGCUCGCAAUUCCCGCGCUUCCCGACCGUACCUUAGCCGGGCGAUUCAACAAAGCAGCUUGUAAAGCCUUUAUUAGAUAAAUCGCAAACUACUAAUACAACUCGAACUCGGAAUUUUAUGUCAAAAUAUUCUACAUGAUAAAUAAACUUGGAACGAAC